AUGGCUGAAGUAGAAAGUGGCGCCGCUCCCCUUCCCCUCUUCGAUAGCUGUGCUAUCACUAUCAUUUUGAGCGAAGAGCUUCCAAUACCUCAAGCAAGACAAUUAAGAGAAAUUCUUGAGGACAAUGGUGCUUCGGCAGAAAUUAAGAAAACAGAUGAUGGCUUGAACUUGGAGGAAGUUACCCAUAUCAUCUCUACUACAACCGACUUUGCAUGUUACGAUAAAGCAGGUCUCUUGCUUGUACCAGUCAUUACACCUGAAUGGGUAACACAAUCUCUCAGCAGACGCAGACAAGCACCGAUUCGUCCAUACACUCCAGAUGAACGAUAUAUCUUUUCCAAUGUCCACCUUACAUGCGCAGAUAUUCCACAGGGCGAUAAAGUUGCGAUAAUUGGUGCUACAUGUGCUAUGGGUGGCAUGGAAAGUAAUAGCUUAACUAAAUUGGUCACUCAUAUUUGUGCUCUUAGUAUGGAUCAUCCAAAGUGUCAGGCGGCGAAGGACAAGGGGUUAAAAUGCAAAAUCGUCCUGCCACAGUGGUUUGAUGAUUGCUUAAAAUUAGGAAGACGCAUAGACGAACGUCCAUAUUUGCUCCCAAACCCCGAAAUAUUUCUCUUGAAACCCGAAGAUAGUCUGCCAAUACCUUCCUCCUCACGACUUGAAGGUGCUACUGCAGCGCACUCAAAUAUGCUCGAGACUCCAACUGCUUCCCCUAUACAACGUAAACUGGAUGUUUUCAAGGAUAAGAAGGUGAUGUUGUCCAAAGACCUGGACCUUGGAAGCCGACUCACCAGAUUACUCUCGGAUCUCGUCGAACAUGGGCAAGGUACAAUCACAAACUCAGUACGUCAAGCUGAUAUGUUCGUUUGUAAUUACCGGGAGGGCAGAAAUUAUGUCAUUGCCUCUCGAUCACCUUCAACUCACGUGGGUAAUCUUUCAUGGCUUUACUAUAUGAUUGCUCACAACACAUGGACAAAUCCUACUCGCAGACUUCUUCACUACCCUAUUCCGAAAGGAGGUUUGCCAGGUUUCGAGAACUACAAGAUAACUCUCUCUAACUAUGGUGGUGAGGCACGCAUCUACCUUGAAAACUUGGUGAAUGCCGCUGGUGGCGAAUUUACAAAAAGCAUGAAGCAAGAUAACACACAUCUGAUCACAGCUCGACAGGCUAGUGAAAAGUGUAAUGCAGCUGCUGAAUGGAAUAUUAACAUGAUCAAUCACCUUUGGCUUGAAGAAAGUUAUGCCAAGUGCGAGGUUCAGAUAUUAACGAAUCCUCGUUAUAUUCAUUUCCCUCCAAGAACAAAUCUUGGUGAGGUUAUUGGCCAAACCCAAUUUGAUCAAAAGGCCUUGGAAAAGAAAUACUUUCCCACAGAUCCUACACCAGGUCCAAAUAGUCCAAAGCCUUCGAAAAUGAAGAAUUUGACAAUUCGAGAUCGGGAUGUAGAUGGUGAUGGAGAUCACGAUAUGGAUGGCGAAACUGAAGAUGAGGGAGCUGAAGUAAUUGCACCUCCUCCGAAACCUAAAGCCAAAGGCAAGGGGACUUCUACAAACUCCACAGUCUCUACAAAUGUUCUUUCUACACCGGCUAGCAAGAAGCGCACAUCUUUGGACAAAGAAAAUGAUACCCCUUCAUCGACUAGUAGCCGAAGUGCUAAGAGUAAAGCAAUCAAUGCUCUUCAUCAAUUGGCCCCUGAUAUUGCAAAGUACGAAUUAGAGAAGAAGAGAAAAGGGCAUGUAUUUGGGGGCGAUCGGGCUGCGAAUAAAAUCGAGAGGGAACGAGAUUUGCAACGCAAUUCGAGUCCAGUGGUAAAACAUCAAGAAGAUGAUGAGGAUAGUGACAGUGGUAGCGAUGAGGUUGAUGCUCGUCCAUUAAAGAAGGCGAAAACUGCAUUAAAACCAGAAGUCCAAGUUCGCAUGCUUGUUACUGGUUACAAGGCUUGGUCCAAUCCGGAUGCGCCAACUAAGGAGGAUACAGAUACUAAAAAACUACGUAGUCUUGGUAUUUCCCUGUGGACUGGUUAUGGAAAAGUCAACAUUAUGGCUGCACCCAAAAUGGUUCGAACUAGGAAAUUUCUUGUCGGUCUUGCACAUGGACCUACCGUCGUAUCAGAGAAGUAUAUUGAGGCUUGUAUCAAAGCCGGAAAGAUGCUGGACGUCGAAGACUUUCCAUUGGUGGAUGCAGAAAACGAAAAGAAGCACAGUGUCAAGUUGAAGGAUGCUUUGAAACGUGCGACAGUUAACAAAGGUCGACUUCUAAACACGAUUCCAAUAUACUGCACUGUCGACAUCGACAAUGGCGUUGAAACUUAUCGGGAAAUUGCAGAAGUCAACGGCGCCACUUUUGGUACUUUCAAAGGACGUCCAACUAUCAAACCUACCAAGCCGGAAGAAGAUGAUGGACCCCCAGAGCCAGUUUACUUAAUCAGCAGCGACAAGAGAUCUGAACAAGCUCUCUAUUCAAAGUUCGAAGAAAUGGCUAAGGCGGGAAAUAUGGAGCCGAGGAUUGUCAAAGUGGAAUGGUUGUUAGAUGUUGCUAUGUCUCAACAAAUCAAGUGGGACAAAAAGUAUUUGCUGAAGCGUUAA